UAUCCCACCCACAAAGAUGUGGGCUCAACUCCUUUUAGGAGUAUUGGCCUUAUUGCCAGCCAUGGCAGAAAAAAGCCUCCUAAACUACCUGGUGACAUUACCAGCCCAGCUUAAGUUCCCUUCUACUCAGAAGGUUUGUUUGGAUCUGAGCCCUGGGUACAGUGAUGUAAAAUUUACUGUUAGUCUGGAGACCAAGGGCAAGACCCUCACAUUGAUAGAACAUUCUGGAUCGAAGACGGGGCACUUACAUUGCAAGUCCUUUUUGGUACCUGUUCCUUCUGGUGGCAUAGAAGAAGUAGCCACGGUCCAGGUGAGAGGAACUGGAAAUAAAAUCAACUUUGAGGAGAGGAAAAAGGUUCUAAUUCAGAGGCAGCAGAAUGGCAUCUUUAUACAAACUGACAAACCUGUCUAUAACCCAGGGCAGCAAGUGCAUUUUCGCAUCGUCACCCUCACCAGCAACUUUGUUCCAGUGAAUGACCAGUACACCAUUGUGGAACUGCAAGAUCCAAACAACAAUAGGAUUGCACAGUGGCUGAACGUGGUGCCCAAGGAAGGCAUUGUAGAUCUGUCCUUCCAACUGGCACCAGAGGCGACGCUGGGCACCUACAGUGUGGCUGUGGAAGAUGGCAAGACCUUUGGCACCUUCAGUGUGGAAGAAUAUGUGCUGCCUAAGUUUAAGUUGGAAGUGGUGGAACCCAAACAGUUAUCAAUGGUAGAAGACUCUUUCUUAGUGAAAAUUUGCUGUCGGUACACCUAUGGAAAGCCUGUGCUAGGGGCAGUGAAGGUAUCAGUGUGUCAAAAGGCAUAUAAUUACGGGUAUCGAGAGCCAGAAGGGGAACACCUACCUGACAGAUGCAAGAAUAUCUCUGGAAAGACUGACAAAGCAGGAUGCGUCUCAGCUUCUGUGGCCAUGUCUACCUUCAGCCUCACUGGGCAUUCUUACCACCAGGACAUCAAUAUCGUGGCUACUAUCGUGGAGGAAGGGACAGGAGUGGAAGCCAAUACCACUCGGGAUAUCUUCAUUUAUGCACAAACGGAAUCAAUGACAUUUGAAGACACCAGUGAUUAUUAUUACCCUAAUUUCCCCUUCAGUGGAAAGAUAAGAGUUAGGGGCCAUGAUGGCUCCCCCCUCAAGCAUCAUUCAGUGUUUCUGGUGAUUGGUGACAAAAAUGGAACCAUCAAGCAGACCCUAACUACUGACAACGAAGGUCUUGCUCCCUUCAAGCUGGACACGGUUAAUUGGGACAGGAAAGACAUUUCUCUGGAGGCCAGGUUCCAAUUGGAAGAAAUGGCAUAUAGUCCAGAAAGAAUGUCUCAUUACUAUGAAAAUGCCUACCUGUACCUGCAGCCCUUCUACAACACAACUCACAGCUUCCUUGGCCUCCAGCGGCCAAAUGGCAUCUUGGAAUGUGGCCGGCCCCAGGAAGUGCUGGUGGAUUAUUACAUCGAUCCAGCUGAUGUGGAACCUGACCAGGAAGUCAUCUUCUCCUACUAUUUAAUAGGGAAAGGGAAUUUGGAGAUGGAGGGGCAGAAACACCUGAAGUCUAAGAGGGAAGGACUGGAAGGCUCCUUCUCUCUCUCAUUGACCUUCAACUCCAGACUAGCCCCUAAUCCUUCCCUGGUGAUGUAUGCCAUUUUUCCCGGUGGAGGUGUUAUAGCAGACAAAAUUCAGUUCUCAGUGGAGAUGUGCUUUGACAAUCAGGUUUCCCUUGGCUUCUCACCUUCCCAGCAGCUUCCAGGAGCAGAUGUGGACCUGCAGCUGCAGGCAGCUCCCCAGUCCCUGUGUGCGAUCCGGGCCGUGGAUGAGAGCGUCUUGCUGCUUAGACCAGAGAGCGAGCUGAGCAACAGCUCCGUCUAUAGAAUGUUCCCAUUCUGGUACGGUUACUACCCCUAUCAGGUGGAUGAAUAUGAUGAGUGUCCAGGGCCUGCCCCAUGGGACUUUCCCCCGCCCCUCACUGAUGCAGUGCCCGAGGAGCGUUGGCGCAGGCGUUCUACCAUGUGGAGGCCUUGGUUCCCUGAAAGCAUAGAUGUUUUCCGUUUUUUCAAGGAGGUGGGCCUGAAAAUACUGUCCAACGCCAAAGUCAAGAAGCCAAUAGAUUGCAGCUACGAAAUUUCAGAACACAGCACUGCAACGGGAGUCUCCUUAGAAGUCCAUGAAAAUGUUUCAGCGCAUCGGGUGGAAACUUUAAGUCAGCCAGAGGAUUCUCAGGUUCGCCAGUACUUCCCGGAGACUUGGCUCUGGGAUCUGUUUCCUGUUGGUAACUCAGGGAAGGAGUCUGUCCACGUCACAGUUCCUGAUACCAUCACCACAUGGAAGGCCAUGACUUUUUGCACUUCCCAGUCCAGAGGCUUUGGUCUUUCACCCACUGUUGGACUGACUGCCUUCAAGCCAUUCUUUGUUGAUCUGACUCUCCCUUACUCGGUAGUUCGCGGAGAAUCCUUUCGUCUUACUGCCACCAUCUUCAAUUAUCUGAAGGAGUGCAUCAGGGUUCAGACUAAGCUGGCUAAAUCAGAGGAGUACCAGGUGGAACCAGGGACAGACUCUCAGGCCUCCAGCUGUCUCUGUGCUGAUGAAUCAAAAUCCUAUCACUGGAAUAUCACAGCUGUCAAACUGGGUCAUGUAAACUUCACUGUGAGCACUAAGAUUCUGGACAGCAAUGAACUCUGUGGGGACCAGAAGGGGUUUGUUCCAGAAAAGGGCCAGAGUGACACACUCAUCAAACCAGUUCUGGUCAAGCCGGAAGGAGUCCUUGUGGAGAAGACACACAGCUCACUGUUGUGCUCCAAAGGAAAAAUGGCUUCAGAAUCCAUCUCCCUGGAGGUCCCUGUGGAUGUUGUUCGUGAUUCAGCCAAGGCUUAUGUUUCUGUUCUGGGGGACAUCAUGGGCACAGCCCUGAAGAACCUAGACAGUCUGGUGCAGAUGCCAUAUGGCUGUGGGGAGCAGAACAUGGUCUUGUUCGCUCCCAUCAUUUACGUCUUGCAGUACCUGGAGACGACAGGGAUGCUGACUGAGGAAAUCAGGUCUCGAGCAGUGGGUUUCCUGAAGCUGGGGUACCAGAGGGAGCUGAUGUACAAACACAGCACCGGCUCCUACAGUGCCUUUGGGGAGAACGAUGAAAAUGGAAACACAUGGCUGACAGCCUUUGUCACCAAAUGCUUUGGCCAGGCUCAGAAACUCAUCUUCAUUGAUGACAAGAACAUCCAGGACGCUCUCACGUGGAUGGCAGGAAACCAGCUCUCCGAUGGCUGCUAUGCCAACGUGGGGGAGCUCUUCCACACAGCUAUGAAGGGUGGAGUCGAUGACAAGGUCUCCUUGACUGCCUACAUCACGGCUGCGUUGCUGGAGAUGGGAAAGACCACAGAUGACCCGAUGGUGAGUCAGGGUCUGCAGUGUCUCAAUCGUUCCGUCUCCUCCACCACCAACCCCUACACACAGGCCCUACUAGCUUAUACUUUCACUCUGGCUGGGAAAAUGGACAUCAGAAACAUUCUUCUUGAAAAGCUAGAUCGACAGGCUAUCAUCUCAGGAACGUCCUUUCACUGGAGCCACAAACCUACUCCGUCAUUGGAUGACAGCCCUUGGUCUGAGCCUGAGGCUGUAGAUGUGGAACUUACGGCAUAUGUGUUGUUGACCUUGCUCAGCAAAGCCAACUUGACUCAAAAUGAGAUAAAGAAGGCCACUGGCAUAGUGGCUUGGUUGGUCAAGCAGCAAAAUGCAUAUGGAGGGUUCUCCUCCACUCAGGAUACUGUAGUUGCUCUCCAAGCUCUUGCCAAGUAUGCCACUACUGUCUAUGUGCUGUCUGAGGAAGUCAACCUGGCUGUAAAAUCCGCUCAGAAUUUCCAGCACACUUUCAACGUUCAAGCUGCCAACCGGUUGGUGUUUCAGCAGGAGACUCUGCCCGAUAUCCCCGGGGUGUACACCUUGGAGGCCUCAGGCCAGGGCUGUGUCUAUGUGCAGACGGUGCUGAGAUAUAAUAUUCUGCCUCCUAAAAGUGUGGAGGCCUUUAAUCUUAGUGUGGAAAUAGCGAAAGCUCGGUGUGAGCAACGUACUUCACCUCGAUCCUUGGCUCUGACCAUCCAUACCAGUUAUGUGGGGAGUCGCAGCUCUUCCAAUAUGGUUAUUGUGGAAGUAAAGAUGCUUUCCGGGUUCAGUCCCAUGGAAGGCACCAAACAGUUACUUCUCCAGCAAUCACUGGUGAAGAAGGUUGAAUCUGGACCUGACACACUCAACAUCUACUUGGAAGAGCUUAGUAAGAAGACUCAGACCUAUACCUUCACCAUCAGCCAAAGCCUGUUGGUCACCAACCUCAAACCAGCAACCAUCAAAGUCUAUGACUACUACCUACCAGAUGAACAGGCAACAAUUCAGUAUUCUGAUCCCUGUGAAUGAGGAUAGAAGAUGGAAAGAGACUAAAUGAAUUCUCCACGACAUUACUGGACAGCAUUCUUUUGUCUCUUAAAGCAGAACCCGUUCAAUCAAACAAUUUGGUUUCUCUUGUUAAAAAACAAAAUGCAGGACUUCCCUGGGAGUCCAGUGGUUAAGACUCCACGCUUCCACUGCAGGGAGUGUGUGUUCAAUCCCUGGUCAAGGAACUAAGAUCCCACAUGCUACGUGGUACGGCCAAAAAAAAAAAAGCAACCAAAUAAAAUUGAAAAUCG